AUGUCACUGCCUCAAGCUUGUCUGCCGGUGCAAUCGCGUGGACAUCGUCGCCAACGCACCGAUGGAAAUAACGGGAGCCAAAACGGAGGAUUGCUGGACCGUGCAGCGUUCGAAGAUAUCGCAAGCAUGGACGCGUCUAGCUACCUGUACAUGGUAGUGCAGCAGGCCAAGUCUUUACCGGAAGUAUUCGAAGCCUCUCGAUCCCCUACAAUUUCGAAAAGGCGUACAGAAAACGACGACGAGCCACAAAUGGGUUCCGCCGCGUCCUUGGCGUAUUUGCUGUCGGAUCGGACCGCCUUGGUGCCUCCCCCGACGGCUCUGCAUCUGCCGGUUGCCGCCUCUGUCUGGACGGAACGGACGUUGGAAACCUUCUCGAGAUUACGUGACUAUUUGGAGGAUUGCCGUCUCCGAGGUAUCGGCGGGAAGCGCACCGAUCGCGUGCUCCUGCCGCCCAUGAAAGACCGAGCGGCCUGGCAUAUAUUCUGUGCGGGACACGCCGAAGCGCAAGGCAACGCUGCGGCGUAUUACGAAGAUGAUACAUUAGCAAUCGUAGCAGCAGCGGAAAACGACAAUGACUGCAACGAUGACGAAGACACGGAGGACCCAGGGGACGGCGCUUCCGCUAUUCCCACAGCUACGUGGCAACGGAAUCUUCCCGAGAAGGGGUUCGCCCCCACCGUUAGUUUGUUGUUGCAAAUGGAUCAAGUCAUGAUCCGUCGUGUUCUUGGCCAUUUGGCCUACUAUAUUGAGGAGGGUUGGUCGCCCGGGCCCUUGUCGCAGUGGAUUUACGCAUUGCUGGCGCGAUUGGAACGACCGAUUCACCGAGACGAUGCCGCCAUGUUGUAUAAGUUCCUCCGGCGAUUGACCCACGUUCGUGCCGCGCUAGUGUUGGAGAACGAUCGUGAACGCGACGUCCUGGCACGCGUCAACGUUCUCAUAGCGAUUGUUGGAGUAUAUUUGGAGCAAGGUGGAGGGUACGCGAACGUUUUGUCCUUGCACUAG